AAAAUAAAAAUAAACAUCAACGGGCAUCUAUUAUAUCUUAAGGGACCUAUUUGGAAUUUCAAAGAACAACAAUUUCAGGGGCAACAAAAUCAAUUACACUAAAAAUAAGGGGUCAAAAUGCAAACAAUCUAAAAAAUUGUUCACAAAAAUGGAUGAAAACUUUUCGCGGUUAAACAUUGCGCUAUUUCCUCAAAAUUUGAACCAUUUGCCGCCUAAAACCCUACCACCAAAAGUGUUUUUCAGGCCGCAAUUUGAUAAACUCAUUCCAGAAUUCAGAUCCACAUCUAAUAUCAUUCCAAUAAUUUUCUCAUCGGAUUCCGAUCAGGCAGCGAAGAUCGCCGAUAUGGAUAGCGACGACGAUUAUCAGUCAUUCUCACCACCGAAGGAGCUUUCGCCGGAAGCCCACAACCGGCGGUUCAAGCGUUUGAAGAAAUCCGGUUCGAAACCCUCGAAGGAUCCGUUGCCCGAGUCAGUGGACGAUCCCCUUUUGUUUCCCGAAGUUGAUUUCGCGAAACUAGAAGCUUUGGAGAAUGGUUCGAAAAUCCCAGAUCUGGACGACUCGAAUUCAUCUCAAGAGUUGAUUUUAUCUCCGGAAUCACUUUCACAAGGCGCUGAUGCUGAGAAUGCAACGGAGAGUGUGGAUGAAAUGGAUUUUUCGUUCGGAGAAGAGGUUAGGAAAACUAAGAGGGUUUUGGAGUUCGAUGCUGAUGUGGCUGAUGGAGUUGAUGCAAACGGAACGUCGAUUGUAGACGAAAGCGAAGGUAUGGAUCUGGAAACGGAGAAGGUGAAGAUAGACGAAGAGGAUUCGUUUGAGGAAACUAAAGAUAAAAAGAAGAAGAAAAAAUUGAAGGGUGACAAUGGUGAUGAAUCGAAGACCAAACCGCGAGCUUCUAAUAAAAGGAGAGAAGAGAAGGAAAGACAAGCUUACCUGAAGGAGCUUCAUGCUGAAUCUCAGAGACUAUUAAGAGAAACAAGAGACGCUUCUUUUAAACCUAUACCCGUGGUGCAGAAACCUAUAUCAUCAGUCCUGGCAAAGAUCCGGAAGCGAAAGCUUGAAAUCUCGAAAAAAAAUACGAUGGCAAAGGAAAGGAGUUACAGUUAUGAAGGAAGCAGUUUUUCAACAGACAGACUGAUGAACCUUGAUUACGCUAACGAAGAGCCGGAAGAAGACAAUGUGGAAAUAGUUUUGGAAAAGGAGAUAGUUGCUCCUUCACUGGACGGAGUCGCUUCUCCCAAUGUGGAUGAACACUACGAUUCUGAUAAACAGACAGUUAACGAGAAUGAUCAAAAUCAAGUGUCAGGAAAUGAAGACCCUACACCUGCAUUUCGAGCACCAACAAAUGAUACUCAGGAUCUUUUUGAUGACUCAGAACCAAACGUCGCUACAGCUACACAGAACGAUGACCAACUAAAUAGUGAUUCGGAAGAAGAUUUUGCUCCAUCUUUACCUUCUAUGAACUUGAAGUUCGAUUCAGCUCUUGUGGAUGACGACAGUUCUUCAGAUGAAGAGGAGGAUAAUGACAAAGAGAAUGUUAACCCUCGUCCCGGUAGAAUCACUGAUGUUAACUUAUCUCCAAAUGGCGAUCCUAUGAAAAAAUUCAUCGACGAGGAAGCCGAAGAAGAAGAUGACAGUGACAAUGACCUAAGUCGUUUUCAAGAAAAUGAAGAAACUGAAGAUAUUGACGAUUUCGAAGAACUUAAUGAUAUGAUAGCAACUGGGUAUGAAGAAAGACCCGAUGAUAAAGACAGGCGCAAUGAACUUCAUCAAAAGUGGCUCGAGCAACAAGAUGCAGCUGGAACAGAUAAUCUUAUGCAGAGACUAAAACGUGGUUUGGGAAUUAGAGAAUCAUUUUUGCCAGAUAAAGAACCUGAAACCGACGAGGAGGAUGAAGAAUUUGACGAUGAAGCCAAAGAAGAAGACUCUCUGCCGCAGAAUUCUGGUCGAGUAAAUAUUAAAAAGGCCAAGCAGAUAAUUCUACAGCUGUUUUCUGAAAAAGAAGAUGCUUAUUUAUCGGAUGAUGACGAUGACACACUUAGGAGGCAUGCGCAGCGUCUACUCAUCAGAAGAGAAGAACAGGCUACGAUAGUGUCGCCAGCUGACGACGAAAAUUCAAAGGAAGUGUUUGGUCUUAUCAAGAAGCUGAACAUCGUCUCUGAAAAUAAGAGAAAACCGAAAGCAUUGUCAUUCUUCGACUCGGUGCUUAAAGUGGGAAACGGCGACACCUCUUCAAAGUCAUCUUUCCUCGGACGAGUAUCGAACCAUUCAAUUCCAUCAUCUCACAAGCAAGUGAGAUCAGUUCGAUCGUUUAUUUUUGGACGGGACGACAGUAAUAGCCGAAGUUCCAUUUCAAUAUCAGAGGAUUCUUCAGAUACAGUUUUAAGAGAAAAUCACCCGACCAAGAACCCUACUACCGCUAAAUACAGUAGCUCGCAAUCCAAAAUCAGAAGCCAAACGAGAAAUGGUGCUAGCGAAAAAAUAUCGAAAACUUCGUUGCUCGAGAUUCUGAAGCGAUCUUCGUCACAUUCGCAAGCCAAAAGUCAAGGCAAUACGGUAGACCUUACGAAGAGCAUGUUUGCUUCUAGAGCUCCAAAAAAGCAAGUGAAGAUAGUUGGAAGAAGCUAAACUAUAUAAAGGCAACUUGUAAUACUUUUUAAUUCAUCAUAAUAUUGUUUAUUUUGUAUGAAUAUUAAAUUAAUUAAUACAA